AUGUGGAAAUCGGUUGUUGGAAGAUGCACCACUGUGUGGAUUGUGAGUGAAAUUAAUCGACCAGUGUCAGAGAAGGAAGCUUGGGAGAUCUUAGACAGAAGCGUCAGCUACUUGGGACACGGUGGACAAUGUCGAAGCAUCAGUUUCAUCUGCACAAAAACAGACAACAUCGGUGUGGAUUAUGACAUGAAAAAAGAACGUGACAGUAUAUUGAGCAGAAAUAUGGUUGCCAAGAAAAAGGUGGAAGAGAAAUUCAACAAGCAAACAAAAAUCAAGGAACAAUUCAACAUUGACAAGGACUUUUUCCAAGUGUUUACUGUGAGUUCCAAGGAAUACCGGAAGAACAUUGUUUUACAGCCAGAAGACACAGAAAUACCCAAACUUCAGGAAUUUCUCAGAAAUCUCAAUGAUCGUAGCACAAAGACUUCAGAUUAUGUUUCUGGAGCCUAUGGGAUCCUCUCUCUGAUACAAGGAGCCAAAAGCAGCGACAUGACAGACAGCAAAAAAGAGGUGUGCCAGGUUCUGGAAAAUAACCUGAAAGAAGGGCUCGGAACCAUUGGUCAAACUAUGGAUGAGGCUUAUGAAGCUUUUGAACGAUGCCUCUCAGAAGGAGUUCGACAAUCAGUAGAAACAUGUGAGAAAAUUGCCAAGGAUAAAGUGAUAGAACCAAAGGGAACAAAUGGCAGAUGGUAUCAUAAGGUAUUGAAGUCCUUAUGCAAGAAUAACGGAGAUUACAAACCAAUCAGAAAAAAGGGAAAGAAAAGUCAAAGGGAAAGAAACCUUAAUGACAGUUUGGCCUCAUGUAUGAGAGAUCUCAGCAAUGAAACGUUCAAGAAAUAUUUCCCAAAUCAAGGCAAGGGCAGCUCAAUCAAUGAUUUGAUUGAUAACUUCACCCUUGACACAAACAGUUUGGUUGAGGAGCACCCAGAAGUGUCACUGCAUCUUACAUUCCUCAAGACGGAGCAUGACAAGGAGUGGCAAGAAGUGGCAUGA